AUGUCAGGUAUUCUCUCGUACAUUCCUGGUGCGAGCCUGCUGGUGGGUCGAAAGUCCAAUGCCAUUGAUUUGCCAUCUGUGGAAAUCCAUCACAUUGAAACACAUGCCGAUAGGCGGGCUCGGUGUCUUAAGCACUUGCUGAAGGCGAAUCAUGCCAACUACGCCAUACUUUGGAACCAUCUCCGGUUUGACAAUCACAAUGUCCACAUCCUCAGCUCAGCGUAUCUGCUUGGAGCCAAUGAAAAGCAGCUGCAUGACAUUUACAACGAUGAGAUCAAAGACCUGGUGCCUUGGGAGCCGUCGCCUUCCGAGCUGAUUGACGAGGACUGGAGGGACUUUCUGGGGGAUAAAGAGUAUCAAAGGGCGUUUGUGGAUUAUUAUGAGGAUAAGCUUGCCAUGGAAUUUGCCUACGACUGGAAACAGGAACUGCAGCAUUUUCUGUUUAGUGGCGAAGAGCCGCUGUUCCAUGGCUUGAUAGGCGGCCUUGGACAUCCACUCAUUCACCUGGGCUAUGCAUAUGAGGUGGACAGCAGAGAGGUCGCCAUGGAGGCGCUUGCUCUCACCUCCGUCCAGUACAACUUUUUCCACAAGUAUCUCGACAAUGGCUCAUAUACGAAGCCAUCCCCGCUGAAGUCGCGGGCACCAUUGGAUCUUUUGGUCCAGAUGUCGAAGGAUAGUAGAUUUGACAAAGUGCCAUCAGAUCUCCCGCUUAAUGAUUUGGAAGCACUUCUCGACAAGAAUGAGUCGCUCCUCCUGGAGUAUUGGAACGGAUGGGAUCUUGAUGACGACCCCAAGAAACAAUUUGAGCUGUCUCAAGAGGCAGCCGUCGCGUUGCUCGUGGCUACUGUCCAGCCAGGAACCCAUGCAUAUGACUUUUACUUUGUCCAUUUGUUAACCACUAGCCACGCUGUCCGGAUUCUUCUCCCAUUUCUGCCACCCAAACACCACGUUACUUUGGUUAGAGAAUGGUGGUUAUUCGUGUUGGCCGUUUUCAUCAUCAAGGGCCGGCCAUUGCCAGAUCCUGAUAGUGUUGAGAGUGACUUGAAGGGAAAGAAUUGGAAAUAUGUGGAAGACAAAGCAUUGAAUUCGCCAUGGUCGAAGGAUGCACACUAUGUCAAAGCGAUUCGAGCUAUAAGAGAGGCUGCUCGGACAUGGGGCGAUGUUCAAGAGCAUUAUCUUCGAGCUGCGGUGACUUUUGUGGACAGCUUCUACGGUUGGGUUCAUUAG